CAAAAAGCAAAUUGAAUGUGUGUGUUGCAGUGCUCUGUAUCCUGUGGUCUGGGGAUCCAACGUAGGGAGCCAGUGUGUCAGAGGUUGACCUCAGCUGGACAGCAGGUGAUGCUGGCGAGGAGGCUCUGCGACGGCCUCUCCUCUCCACCCCUGGUCAGGACAUGCCGAAUGAUCACCUGCCCUAAACAUAAGACAGAGAUGAACCCCAGACAGCUUGUGAAGGAAGCAUCCAGAAUCAACCAGCAGCCCACAAAGGAGACAGGGAAGGAAGCAUCAAAGGAAACAAUCAAGGAGCCAGUAAAGCGCUGUCCGUUGAUUCUAGGCUUGAGUCGUAUCUACAUCCAGACCCGGCAGGAGAAACGCCUCCACCUGACCAUCGGUGGGCGUGCUUACCUCCUACCAAAAACCUCCCUGAUCAUCAAAUGCCCUGUCCGGCGCUUCCAGAAAGCCUACAUCCGUUGGGAGAAGGACGGCCGCCCCCUGCACAGCUGCAAGCGUCUGGGCGUCACCAAAUCUGGUUCUCUAAAGAUCCACAGCCUAGGAGUUGUGGACAGUGGGGUGUACGUGUGUAUCGCCGGCCCCGCCUCAGACACAUUCACCCUUAAACUGAUUGGCAGCGACAGCAGACUGAUCGACCGACCGAUUGAAAACGAAUCGGACCCCGAACCUGGCCUAGACCUGACCAGGAUUCAACCGCGAUUCAACCCUCAGGACUGGGACACCCAGGGUCUUCCUCACUGCCUCCCGUUUACCCCCAGCCUCAAAGGUCCCAGUCUGUCUCUGCUGCCCGGUGGUGUGGAGGCCUCGGUGCUGCAGGUGCAGGCGGGGUCCUUGGUGCUGCAGCCCUGGAGCCUGGAGGAGAGGGUGAGGAACGUGAGUCUGCAGGCGGAGAUGGGAGAGAUCAGCCAGGAACAGGCUUCUCAGAUCAUCUACACCCUAAUCACAGAGAUGUCUGGAGGCCAACAGGCCUCCACAGAGCAGUGGAAAGGGACCAAGGAGGAGACGGGGAACCCAAAAGACCGGACACCAAACUCGUCAGAGUGGUCGGCUAGUAGCUUCAAGAGACCAGUGAUCAUCCGACAGAGGCAGAACCCCCCGAUGACCUUCCAGAGGAGUCUGAACAUCAGUGUUGGCCAGACAGCCUUCCUGACCAACGCCACGCGGCAGCUGUACCUGCUCUGCCCCACAGAGGGCAUCCCGCAGCCCCAAAUCACCUGGACCAAGGACGGAGUAGAGCUACAACUAACUGACAGGGUACACUGGGAUAUCUCUGGCGGACUGCAUAUCUCUAGUCCUGGGCCGGGGACAGAGGAGUGUACAGAGCCUCCUGUGAUAGCUGUGUCGUGGAGGAACGUAUCGGACAAGGAAGUCCCCAGUCUGAGGGCCGUGGUGGGGGGACGGGUCAGCCUACGCCCUGGGGCUAACCUAACUCUAGACUGCCCCGUCACAG